AUGCCACUGUCGGGCUCUGCGGUGUUGCGUCCCCUGAGCACUGCCCAAGGAACAGACUUAGAGCAGGAGGAGUUUCGUUCGGCUCAUUCUCAGGAUGACAUCAACGAGCGCUCCGAGUCGAUUAGGGGGCGACUUGCAACCCAUAGGCGAGACAAGUCAAGUUCGGCGGCUUCCUUGACCGCUUACGCACAAUUGGCGACGUAUCGGUUCGGCUGCAGCCGCUCGUUUGUGGUUCGUUUCGAGCAUGGACGGGCGAAUAUCGUUGCGGAAGCAUCACCUUCUCUCCUGUUAGAUGGAGAGGAGGGGUUUGGCGUCGACGGGGAGGUUCAGCGGCAAGUAAAGGUGUUGAGCCUGCGCCUGGUUGAGGCUCGUGUCGUCGAUACUUCGAACGUUGUUGCCAACAGCACCCGAUGCGUCAUACGUGAUCUCACGCAGGACAGUCAUUCUGACAACCAAGUGAUCCACUUCUUCGCAGCGGUCCCGAUCCAUGAUAUGAACAAAGAUACUAUUGGGGCUGUUUGUGUUGUAGACAAGGCCACACAUCCGAAGUUUGGAGAUAGUGAGGUCGCCAGCAUGCAGGAGAUUGCGGACCUGGUCGCUUGUACUAUCAAGGAUAGCUCGGCUGAAGAGCAUCAUCUUCGAGCAGAGCGGCUCAUCAAUGGUCUGACCACUUUCGUCAGCGGUCAGGCCGUCCCUGACCUUGAGCAAAACUAUCACUCCCAAAGACGGCCAUCAUACCUUCCUGGUAUUGAUGACGUUUCGCUCUCUGAGAGGGGUAGCGUGGGCUCGCCACAUUACGCACAUUCCCAAACUCCUGGGGCCUCGCCAAACCAGUUCUUCUCAAGAAUCCGCGGAAGAAGAAAUUCGGUGACUGUUAUCGAGGGAAGCACUGUAUCCCAUUCAAUGUCGCUUUUGUUUUCCCGUGCUAGUGCUUUACUUCAGAAAUGUAUGGAGCUAGACGGCGUGCUUUUCCUGGACGCCACUCGAAGUAACGCUCGAAGGUUCGUCUCGCCUGACACUGCUCGUUAUCAAUCUAACGUCUCUAGCUCCUGCUCUCCUAGCAUGAGUGACCUGGAAGUACUCUCCAAGGACGGUGGGUCUUGCGUCAACUCUCCGGGCCUAUCCUCAGCCGGGCCUUGGCGCGAGAGGGUAUGCGAGCCUUUGGGCUUUGCGUCAUCGGAAUCUGCACAUCGCUAUACGUCGCAGUAUUCAGUCUCAGAAGGCUUGCUGCAUGACUUGUUUGCCGCGUACCCAAAAGGCACCAUCUUCGAUAACCGCACCCUCGUUGACUGUACUAGUCAGAAAUGUGGUCAUGUCACGGAUGCAAAGGGAGCGCGUCAUCACGCAAUCAUUCUCCGUCUGGUACAAGACCUUCCAGAGGCCAGGUCGCUCCUUUUUCUCCCAAUAUGGAACUGGAAUUCAUCGCGCUGGUUGGCCGGUGCCCUCUUGUGGACAUCUGACAGCCAACGACAUUUUGAACGAACCGAUUUGUUGUAUGUCAAGGCAUACGGUGACUCCAUUGUGUCAGAAGCGGCUCAAAUGGACUGGAGGGCGACGGAAAAGUCCAAAUCAGAUUUAUUGUCGUCAGUCAGCCAUGAGCUAAGAUCACCUCUACAUGGCAUGCUUGCCAGUUUAGAGCUGUUGCACACGACAGAUCUUCAACCGGCUCAGCAGGACAUGCUCACGAUGAUUGAAACGUGUGGUUUGACACUGUUGGAUACGCUGAAUUAUCUGUUGGAUUUUACGAAAAUCAACAAUCUGACCAGUGCAGACGCAAGGAAUGACGGGGAUACUGAGACCUCUCUCGCCGAUCUAACGUGCGAAUUCGAUUUGGACACUCUGGUAGAGGAUGUGGCGGACACCCUGUAUGCAGGUCACCGGUCCCUGAUUAGCGCUUCCCAGGUCGCCGGCCGGUACCUGCCCAGCGGGCCAACGGUGGGAAUUAGAUCUGCCAAGGGCACCGAGAAUGCUGAAGAGUCGAAUGGCUUAUCAGUGAUUGUCCGGGUUGAGCCGGGAGACUGGAAAGUGCGAGCCAUCCCUGGCGGAUGGCGAAGAAUCGUCAUGAACCUGCUCGGCAAUGCAUUUAAAUUCACCAAGUCUGGGUUCAUUGAGGUCAUCCUCGCCAGGAAGAUAGAGAGAACCUGCGGCACGAAGAGGGAGUAUGCUCUAUUGACAAUCACAGAUACCGGAUGUGGCAUCUCUCCGGAGUACCUGGAGCACAAACUAUUCCAGCCAUUUACCCAAGAGAACAUCCUGACGGAAGGGGUUGGCCUAGGACUCAGUAUCGUCGACCGACUAGUGACAAACGUGGGUGGCCAGAUUGAUGUGAAGAGUACCGUCGGUAGCGGAACCCAAUUCGAAGUGUACAUUCCGGUUGAAUUUGUGGAUACGCUGGUGGGUGGUGCUUCUGGGCAAGAGCAACCAGAGCGUGGUCCGGUCUCUCGAGUGAGUCUGGUCGGGCUGAACGUAUUUUCCAGUAUGAAGAGCUCAGGCCGAAGACUGAGCGUUGACGCGAAGAGGACGCUGUCAGUUCGCAGUGCACUGAGCAAUGCAAUCCUCAGCCAGCCAGGCUGGACAGUCUCCUUUGCCGACACUUUGUCUCAAGCAAAGGGCGAUAUUGGUAUUAUCGAGGAGAGCAGUCUGGCUGAGAUGGAAGGGCAGGAGCCAAUAACCACCGAACUGAGAGGACUGGCCAUACUAGGACAGUGUGGUACUAACCUACCCAUCGAUCCUGUUACGAAAGAGCUGGAUGUGGUCUACGUUCCUCAACCACUCACGCCUCGAAAAAUUAUCGGCGCGCUGCAUACAAUUUCCAGCUUGCCCGAAGGUUCGGCUCAUAUCGAACAUGCCGAUAGGAUCCCAUUUCGUGGGCGCAGCUUAUCGGAAGCUUUUGCCCUGGCAAAACAGACCGAGUCGCCUCCGGUGGUGGAGGAAACCGUGAACGAGUUCCGUGCCUCGACACCCAAGGCCUCGAAGACGACCGAUCUUCAUGUCCUGAUUGUGGACGAUAAUGAUAUCAAUCUCAAGAUACUGGCUACUUUUAUGCGUCGCAUCGGGUGCAGCUACGAGACUGCGACUAAUGGACUCGUGGCGCUGGAGAAGUACCGGCAGUCCGAGCGCCCGUUCGACUAUAUCCUGAUGGUUAUGGACGGGAUCAUCUCCACAAGCAAGAUUCGAGAGUACGAGGAGGAGAACUCCCUUCCCCGGGCUGCCAUCAUGGCCGUGACAGGAGUCGCGUCGGCGACGAUGCAGCAACAGGCAUUUGCUGCGGGGGUCGAUGAUUAUCUUGUGAAACCUCUUUCACUGCGUGAUUUGAAACGAGUGAUGAAUAUCGCAUGA